AUCCCCUGCUUCUCCACAGCCCGCUUAGAUUGAGAGAAAGAAAGAGAUAGAGAUAGAGGUGCUACAACUGAACCAUAACAGUUAAGUUUGCUUUAGUCCACAAAGAAAAAGACAAAACCAGAGGACUGAAGCGCGAAAGAGAGAGAGAGAGAUUGGUAUUUAUCCUGUCUGUCUCACCACAGAAACUACGGCUUACUGUUACAGCAGCAGGAGGAACGUAGCAUAAACGCACAGAAUGUCUAAACAGCCAUCGACCAAUGUGAAAGCCCUUCAGGCUAACCUCAAUAUUCCAAUGGGGGCUCUGCGUCCUGGGGCAGGACAUCCUGUGAAGAGAAGAGAAGAUACAGUAGAAACAGAAGAGGCAACCCCACAAACUCCAGAGGAAAAAAAGACCCUGCCUGGUGCUGUGAAACUACCAGGACUUCCUGCUGUCAACCUCUCAGAGAUCCAGAACGCAAAGAGUGAACUCAAAUGGGUCACCAAGGACUAAACACACUGGUGUCUCCGCCCCCAUCCAGUUCCUUUGCAAUCCAUUGGUAACACUCUCCAUCCAAUCAGACUCAAGUAUUUACCACAAACUCCCUCAGCAUCGAUCGAUCGCAAUGUCUCAACAAGCCUUGACAUUGACAAGCCUUAAUGAUGACACAACCUACCACUGAUCUUCAAUGAGAGAGGGGCGGAUUCAACCAAAUCAAAGACUGAUGGGAAAUGAGCAGUUGGAAGUGCUGGCUUAAGCUCAGAGUUUCGUCUCUGUCUGCAAUAGCUCAUUUCUGUUUAAACCUUUCUGUUUCAUAUUUUGUUCAUUUUGCAUUUUAAAUGUACUGUUUGUGUGAGUUUGCUUUGUGUUAGGUGUGUAUUCUCAGUCUAUCACGCCUUUAAUUUUGAAUCACAGACACUGAUAAGACAGCAUGCAAUACAACGCAUGAUUAAUCAAUUUGUUUAUGCUCCAUAACACAAUUUAGAAAAUGUCUUUAAACAUUAGAGAUUUUUUUGCUUCUAAAAGGAACCUUCAACAUCAAAAGAAAGAACCAUAAAUGGUUCUUCUGAGAAUUUUUGACUGAAUGGUUCCUUGGGGAACCAAAAUAGUUCUUCUAUGGCAUAUCAGUGAAGAAUCUUUACUUUUAAAGGUGACCCCAAAUUAAGUUUAUACUGUUGAGUAUACUGUCAUUAUUUAAAGGUGCAGUGUGUACAUUUAAGGAAGAUCUAUUGACAGAAAUGCAACUUAAGUGGUCAGUGUUGUAUAAAGACCUUGCAUGAUAAACUAUUAUGUUUAUCACCUUUAAAUGAGCCAUUUCUAUCUAGAUACACUGCGGGUCCCCUUUCAUGGAAGCCGCCAUUUUGCGCGCCAUGUUUCUACGGUAGCCCUAAAUUGAAACAUUGAUCUAAAGAGCAUUUUGUCACUAUGUUGUUUCAGACGACGACAUGUUUGUCCUGUGACGCCUACCGUAGCUUCUCUAUGCGUUUCGAAAGGGAAGGGGUGUGCGGUGGACUCAGCCGUUGGUUGUAAUUCGCAUUCUUACCGCUAGAUGCCGCUAAAAUCUACACAUAGCACCUUUAAGCACCCUUAUGUUGUUUAAACCCUGUAAGAUUUUCUUCUGUGGAGGAAAAAUGACAAUAUUCACACUGCUUGUUUUCAUAAAACCAAAGUAAAGGGGUGACCAAGUGAAAGUGAAUGGGUGAUUCUUCUGCUAAACACCACAGUUUUUCAAUAUUUUAUUAUGUUCUUACCUCAACUUAGACAAAUUAAUACAUACCUAUCUUUUUUCCUCGGUGUGCAGUAACAUCAUCAUUCCUGACUACUCCCCCUUUCGCUCAAACUUUCGUCAAUAUUACUGCGCCCGAGGUCGAAGUGUUGCAAACUAAGUGCUCUUCCGCCAUACAAUAUAGUUCUCAUUCUUUAUCCGCUUAAAUAAAUUGCCACGUUUUAUUUUGUGCCACCAUACUUACUUUAAAUAGGAAAAAGAAGAAAGUGUUUGGUGGCUUCUAAAUUUUGGAUCCUAAGGAAUGAAUGGGGCUAGGCUAAAUGCUAACACAUUCAUGACGCGCUGUACAAAGAUUAAGUGCACGCAUUGAAAAAAGAUAUGUAUGUAUUAAUUCGUCUAAAUUGAGGUAAGAACAUAGUAAAAUAUUGAAAAACUGUGGUGUUUUCCUUUAAUCAUGAAAAAUUUGUUUUUUAUUUCACACACACAAAAAAAUCCACAUUAAUUAAAAAAAAAAAUCUUGAAAUAAACCCCAUUCUGUAGCCUUGUCUCUGCAUCAUGCACAUCUUUAUCUUUGGCUUUGUUCGUGUGUUGCAGUACAUGAGUAGGCUGUUGCAUAAUAAAACAUAAUUUUGCGUUCUCUCCAGGAGCAAGCCUGUAGGAGGAUAAAGCCAGCACUUGUUAUCCUUGAACAAACAGAACUGGAUUUCAAAUGCCGCACCAUCAGUUUGUUAUGUACAUAAGCCAGUAGCUGUUUAACAGUGUAAAGCUCCUCUCUUCAUCCCAUGUAAACCAUAUGUUUGUACUACGCUGUGGUCUAUUUUACUACAGUAGCAACCGCAGAUGUCCUGUACUUUGAGUGAAAGUGACAUUUUAAAAAAAAACGUGUUCUUCUUUAAACAAGAGUCAGUGUGCAUUAAAAGCUACAAUUACAUAACACUUAAACAUAUGUACACUUGCGAAAUGUUUGGACACUUGACUCUACUUUCUUAUGAGUUUACCUUUUGAUCUAAAGGCUUAUGCCUAAAUGCUUUACAUUUAAUUUUGUAGAAAAAUAUGAAUUGAGUUUCUUUACUAAAUUAACUAAAGUAAGGCUCUAUGUUUUAUCAAGAUGCUUUGAAAUAAUGUGUUGUCUACUUGUAUAUAAAUAAAUCUGACUUCAUGUUUUA